AUGGAAGAAGUAGAUUGUGAACUAAAAUGGUGGACAGAAGAAUAUGGUUUUUUCGGUGAUUAUUAUAUGGAAGGUGAUAAUUCUAUUGAAGGUUAUCUUAUUGGUCAACAACAAACUCUUGAAGAAAGAACAAAUACAGAAGUAGAAGGAAUUAUUAAUCUAUUAAAUUUAAAAGGAAAAGAAAAAAUCUUAGAUAUUCCUUCUGGUUAUGGACGACAUAGUAUUAAUCUAGCAAAUAAAGGAUUUAAUCUUACUGGAAUUGAUAUAAAUUCAGUUCUUUUAAAAAAAGCUAAUUUAGAUGCUCAAAAAAUUGGUGUUAAUGUUAAUUUUAUCAAAGAGAAUAUGAUUGAUAUUAAUUUUGAUAAAGAAUUUGAUGCUGUUAUUAAUAUGUUUUAUUCAUUUGGAUUCUUUGAAAGUGAUGAAGAAAAUAAUAAAGUUCUUCGAAAUUUUUAUAAUGCAUUAAAACCAGGUGGAAAACUUUUGUUUCAUACUGAUGUAAAUAUUCCACGAAUUCUAUCUGGUCAAUAUAAAGAAGAUGAAAUUAGACAUCUUCAUUCUCAAAAAACAUUAAGAAUUAUUGAUAAAUAUAAUCCACAAGAUAAAAGAAUACAUGGAGCUUGGAUUAUACAAGAUCAAUUUGGCAAAAUAAUACGAAAAGAUUAUUCUGUACGAGUUUAUACACUCGAAGAAUUCGUAUCUAUGUGUAAACAAGUUGGAUUCACAUCAAUUGAAGCAUAUGGUGAUUGGAAUAAAACUUCUUAUACAGAAAAUAGUGAAGAUAUGAUUAUUAUUGCACAAAAAUAA